GUAAGAGUUGGAUACAGAUGGUCUGUGAGAACCUACAGGAUGAACGUGAAUUUCAGUACUACUAAUUACACUUUCCAAAACAAAGGAUUUGGUGGCACUUGGGUAGAAUUUGUCAAGAAUAAGUUCAGUACUUAUCCUCAGGACCUCCCUGAAAUCAUUCUAAUAUUGGCUUUGAUCUGCACAAUUGGAGCAAUUUUGAACCUACACUUGAAAGAUUUUAUAAUUCCUCUCCCUGUGAUACUAUUUUUAAUCGGAUGCAGUUUUGAAAUACUCAGUUUUGCAUCUGACCAGGUCCUAAGAUAUGCUCGUGCCAUACAAUGGAUGGAUUCACAAUUAUUUUAUUAUUUAUUUACACCAGUAAUUAUCUUUAAUGCUGCAUUUGACAUGGAUGUUUACAUGUUCCAGAAGUUAUUUUGGCAGAUCAUUUUAAUUACAAUUCCUGGAUUUUGUAUCAAUUAUACCUUAAUUCUUUGGUAUCUGACAUCUGUGAAUAAAUUACGUUUGAGAACCACCCCAUGGUUGUUAUUUGCAUCUAUCCUUAUGAGUUCAGAUCCCAUGCUGACUGCAGCUGCUAUAAGAGAUCUUGGUCUUUCUAGAGGCCUCAUCAAUUUAAUUAAUGGAGAAAGUCUGAUAACCUCUAUAAUGUCUUAUAAUAUGUUUACCAGUAUCAUGGAUUUUAACACCGACCAGAAAAGUAUGAACCAUUCCUUAGCACGUAGCAUCGUGAGUCCAAUAUUGUCAUAUUAUCUAUCAAGUUUCUUGUUUGGAAUUCUAAGUGCAAAACUGGUUCAAUUGUGGAUGUCUACUGUUUUUGGUGAUGAUAUCAACCAUAUAAGUCUCAACUUUUCAAAUCUGUACCUCAUAUUUUUUAUUUGUGAGCUAGUUGGAAUGUCUGGAGUCUUUACACUGGCCAUUAUGGGACUUUUCUUAAAUUCUACAAGUCUUAAACCAGGAGUUGAGUCACUACUACUUGAAUUCUGGAAUUGUCUAGCAUUUGUUGCUUUUCUUAUGGUGUUUACUUUUAUUGGACUUCUAAUUCCUGCACAUACGUAUUUAUAUGUAUCAUUUUCUGAUAUAUACUAUUCAUUAAAUAUCUACUUCACACUUAUUGUUUUAAGACUUCUGGUCUUUCUAUUAUUGAGCCCUCUUCUGUCUCGACUUGGUGAUGGGUUCAGCUGGCGCUGGGCAUUCAUAAUGGUCUGGAGUGAAAUGAGAGGUUUGCCUAAUGUAACGAUGGCCCUUCUGCUUGCCUACUCUGACCUUUCUGUUGGAACUGAGAGGGAAAAAUCGCAAGUAUUAUUUCAUGGAGUGUCAGUAUGCUUAAUCACCCUGAUUGUCAAUAGAGUUAUUUUGCCAAUGGUAGUUAGUAAACUAGGUCUGCGUGAUGUCACAUCAACAAAAUAUAAGUCACUUUAUUAUACAUUUCAACAUUUUCAAGAGAUAACCAAAUCUGCAGCCUCCGCACUCAAAUUUGAUAAAGAUCUUGCUAAUGCAGAUUGGAACAUGGUUGAGAAAGCGAUUAUAUUUCAAAACCCAUAUGCAUUAAGCCAAGGAGAAACAACAGAACAUCAAAAGGUGAACUGUCCAAACUGUAACACAGAAAUAGAUGAGACCCUUAACAUUGAAGCAAUGGAGCUGGCCAACAGGCGUAUUCUGUCAGCACAAAUAGCAAGCUACCAGAGACAAUACAGGAAUGAGAGUCUGUCCCAGAGUGCGGUCCAGAUGCUGGUGGGCGCAGCAGGAAGCUUUGGCGAGAAGGGAGAGUAUAUGAGUCUUGAAACAAUAAAGAAUUAUUCUGAAAGCAAAACAAUUCUUACCUUUGUUAGAAAAGUAUUGCUCAAUUGGGUAUAUAAUACUAAAAAGGAAAAAGGGAUCCCAUCAAGAUAUUGCUUUCUUAAUGUAUUCCAUAAAAUAGUAUUUACUGAUGAAUUUGAAUAUGUCGGAUACCUUGUGAUAUUAAUGAAUACGUUCCCUAUUAUAAUUUCUUGGAUACCCACAAUAGAUGAUAUCUAUGAGGAUGAAUUAAGACAAUCUAACUACGUAUUUAUGGGAUUUUACAUCCUGGAGUGCCUAGUUAAGAUAGCAGCAAUGAGGAAAGAAUAUUUUUUGCAUGCCUGGAACCUAUUUGAAUUAGUAAUUGCAUUAGUUGGCAUCAUAGAUGUAAUAAUUGUUGAGGCAGAGACCAUUUAUGACAUUUUUGAUUUGGAUGAAAUAGUGGUGUUUUUUAAAGCUACUCGACUUCUUCGCAUACUACGCAUUUUGAAGCUCAUAACACCAAAGUUGCUGCAAUUUAUAGAUAAGAGGAUGAGUCAUCAGCUGUCCUAUAAAUAUGCUAUCCUAAAAGGAUAUGUCCAAGGUGAAGCAGACAUAAUGACUAUAAUUGAUCAGAUUGCAAGUUCUAAGAAGGUUAAACAGGUGUUAUUAAAGAGAAUAACGAGGAACACAGUGCAUGCCCUGAAAGAGCUAGGUUACUUAGAGUAUGAUCACCCAGAAAUUGCUGUCACUAUGAAAACAAAGGAGGAGAUUAAUGUCAUGCUCAGUUUGGCUAGAGAAAUUGUUAGGGUUUUCAGGUUAAAAGGAAUUCUUCAUAAAAUUGAAGCUAAUGAGAUUAACAAGUUAAUAAUGGACAAAAAAAGAGAAUUGCUUGAUUUUGAACCCAUUGUCAAAUCACUUACUCUUACUGAAGCACUAUACCAUAUUCCAUGGUUAGAUAAAAACAGUGACCAUAUAAACUUUAUUCAGGAAAAAGCCAAACUUAUAACUUUUGAUUGUGGAAAUACUAUAUUUGAAGAAGGUGAUGAGACCUUAGGAAUUUAUAUAAUUAUUUCAGGUAUGAUAAAGCUUCAAAGAUCAAAAUCGGGUUUGAUAGCUGACCAAUUACUCUCUGAAUCAGAGGGAAAAGAUCAUCAGAUAAUUUUCACAGACUAUGUGAUCAGUGGGGAAAUAAUAGGAGAGCUGAACUGUUUAACUAAUGAACCCAUGAAAUAUUCUGCCGUCUGCAAAACUGUAGUGGAGACAUGUUUUAUUCCCAAAAGUCACUUGUAUGAUGCUUUUGAAUACUUGUCUCCUGACAUUGAAUAUAAAAUGUGGCUAAAACUUGGACUUUCUAUUACUGCCCAAAAAAUCAGGGAACAUUUAUCCUAUGAGGAUUGGACCUACAAGAUGCAAUUACAGCUCUGUAAUGUUUAUGUAAAAGAUAUACCAAAGAGCACCAAAUGUGACAUCUAUGAUGAACAUGUUAUUUAUGUCAUCCUUAUACAUGGAGCUGUAGAAGAUUGUCAUUUGCGAAAAGCUUAUAAAGCACCUUCCUUAAUUCCUUUAACAUGCCAUCAGAUACAAGGCACUGAAAAUUUCACAAAGGUAAUGAUUGUUCAGACUUCGAUUGAUACGAAAAAAUUCAGAUGGAACACUAAAAAGUUUGAACCUUCACUUAAAUCAUCUGUUUCAGGAGCACGAGAAUCAGCUUCAAUCGCACUAUAUGAAGAAGACCUUCACUUUAAAAAAUCUACCGAGACUCGGCAGCCUACAGAAAUACCUGAUGAAUCCAAGGGGGAGGAAACCAUUAAGAACACGUAG